CACUUCUCCAUUGUUUAGUAUUGCUGCUUACUGCUGCCGGCGCAUCUUUACUUCUUCUCCGUAGAUAAGAGCAACUACCCCAAGAAAGAAAUUUUAUGAAUAAGCAUCAGAAGCCGGUGCUAACAGGCCAGCGGUUCAAAACUAGGAAGAGGGAUGAAAAGGAGAAAUUUGAACCCACGGUCUUCAGGGAUACAAUUGUCCAAGGCCUCAACGAAGCUGGUGACGACCUGGAAGCUGUAGCCAAGUUUCUGGAUGCAACAGGAUCAAGGCUAGAUUAUCGUCGCUAUGCUGACACUCUCUUUGACAUCUUGAUAGCUGGCAGCAUGCUGGCUCCAGGAGGGACAAGAAUAGAUGACAAUGAUAAGACCAAGAUGACCAAUCACUGUGUGUUCUCUGCAGAUGAAGAUCAUGAUGCCAUCCGACAUUAUGCUCAGGUCUUCAAUAAACUUAUCCGGAGGUAUAAAUAUUUGGAAAAGGCAUUUGAAGAUGAAAUUAAAAAGCUCCUGUUAUUCCUUAAAGCCUUUUCUGAAACAGAGCAGACAAAGUUGGCAAUGCUCACUGGUAUCUUGUUAGCCAAUGGAACACUUCCUGCUACUAUUUUAACAAGCCUUUUCACUGACAACAUUGUCAAAGAAGGUAUUGCCGCCUCGUUUGCCGUAAAACUUUUUAAAGCAUGGAUGCUAGAGAAAGAUGCCAAUUCAGUUACCUCCUCUUUAAGGAAAGCUAACUUAGACAAGAGGUUGCUAGAACUGUUUCCAGCCAACCGACAGAAUGUGGAGCAUUUUGCCAAGUAUUUCAAUGAUGCUGGCCUAAAAGAGCUCUCAGAUUUCCUCAGAGUCCAGCAGUCCCUGGGGACUCGGAAAGAGCUGCAAAAAGAACUCCAGGAACGUCUUUCUCAGAAUGAAAGCCCAAUUAAAGAGAUGGUGCUUUAUGUAAAAGAAGAAAUGAAGAGAAAUGAUCUGCUGGAGCCAGCAGUGAUUGGACUCUUGUGGACUUGUAUAAUGAAUGCUGUCGAGUGGAACAAGAAGGAAGAGCUAGUUGCAGAACAAGCACUUAAGCAUCUGAAGCAAUAUGCACCUUUGCUGGCUGUGUUCAGCACCCAAGGCCAGUCGGAGCUGAUCCUUCUCCAAAAGGUUCAGGAAUACUGUUACGACAACAUCCACUUUAUGAAAGCCUUUCAGAAGAUUGUGGUGCUCUUUUAUAAAGCUGAUGUCCUAAGUGAAGAAGCCAUCCUGAAGUGGUACAAAGAGGCACAUCUUGCCAAAGGAAAAAGUGUGUUCCUUGACCAGAUGAAAAAGUUUGUCGAGUGGUUACAGAAUGCUGAAGAAGAAUCUGAAUCCGAGGGUGAGGAAAACCAAGAUGGAUGAACAAAGCACAAAUGUAUAGGCUGCGGCUGACUGCUUCUUCUUGGGAAUUUUUGUACUGUUCAAGCAAAAGACUCUUUACUUCAGUGUCAUACCGAAAACUCUAGGCUAGGCUUUCCUUUUGUUUAGAAGACUAAAAUAUUGGAGCCCUGAGGCAUUAGAUGCUGCACUUGGGACUCUUCCUCUGGCUUGCUGUGCGCUCAUGUAGGCAGAGGCAUUCAUCAAGGGAGACCUAUAGGGCAAAGAUGAAAUAAAAUACUUACAGACUCCUUUUUUAUUAGCAGUCUUUUCAGGUACUAAAUGUGAACACUUUAGUGUUUGUUCAUACGGUUCUUCUGUGCGUGUAGCUCAAUAUUUGCUUGUGUCUGUGAUUUGACAUCACCAUGUUUUUUUGGAA